AUGGGACUGCUCCUCCAAGACGAUCCCGCCUUUGACCUCGACAAGGCUUCCGCCAUGGCCGGCCGACGCUGCAUCGCCACGGGUCGCCGCCUGGCCUCUGCGUUGACGUCCUUUUUCCGCAUCACCGACCGCGCCUUCGUCUUCUCCCUCGCCACAACGUCGAUCCUAGCCAGCAAGUGCCUUCACAUUUACAUCCAUGCCCAGGUCCUCUCCCGCGGCGAGUUGAUACAAUGGCUGCCCAGUCUCUUUGCGCAGGACACGGCCAUUGUCCUGCUCCUCCGCUUCCUGCUCGACAACAAGGCCCUCGGGCGCUUCGGCGGCGGCUGGUUCCGCUUCCUUGCCACAGCCUUUUCUACCUUGGUCGCUCUGGUCCAGCUCUUUCUCGCCGUCUCCAACAUUUCCUUUUAUCUCAUGAUUGGCGGGGAGCCGCGCUGGCGCAACGCCGGCCUCGUUGCCGACUCUAACACCUGGGCCAUUAUGCUUACCGGCCUCUGGGCCUUUAUCUCUGCCAACGUCGGCCUCUUCUUUGGCAGCCUGGUUCUCAAGAGCCCCUUGUUCUUCUUCGCCGAUAUCAUGCUUGAUGUUGUCAAGGCUGCCAUGGGUAUGAUUCUUAGCAAGAUUGGUAGCUGCGGUCGCAGUCGCAACAAUGUCGAAUACGUCCCCGUCAGCAAAGAAGAGCUGUACGACGAUAUCGAGUCUUCAUAUUCCGAACCUACUGGCCCCUGUACUGCCUCUCACCGUGAUCCCAAACUACGACUUCUCUAUAUCGGCACUGCAGUGUUCCUCUUCGUCCAGAUUCUCACUUGGAUUCUCCAGCCUGCCGAGCAAGCUUACAUCUUUCUCUCCUGGACCGCCAUUGCUAUGCCCAUUGUCGACUACCUGCGUGGCUCCGACUCACCGCUCACCAACAUCAUCCCCGUAUACGAAAAGAGCAUGGACCAAAAGUGGAAUAUCCCCUUUACACUCGCUCAACCCACUCAGUUUGACUGGCUACCCAAGCAGGGCAGCGCUCCCGCCGGCUUUGACGACUGGUACGGUGAGGAGAAGCAGCACUACGAUCGCAAGAUGGACCCCCUCAGCCAGCCAAACUACGACAAGGAGCUCCUUGACUCGCUCAAGGGCAAGCUUUCUGAGGUUUCUAUCCGAAAUGUCGUGUUCCUCUUCCUCGAGUCUACGCGAAAGGAUGUUUUUCCGUUCAAGAAAGACGAAUAUAUUUAUAACAAGAUGCGCGAGACGUGGAGCAACAAGCAGCUUCCGGAAGAGGCAGAAGAAAGAGCUGCCACUCUUACUCAGAACGCUCGCUACCUAACCGGCGACUAUAACGACGGUUUCGAUCACAAGGAUACCCCCCGACGCGGCGGUAUCAAUGUCAACAAGAACACACCCUCGGCCACCUAUACACUGAAGAGUUUGACUGGUGGUCUCUGCGGCAUCAACCCCCUUGUUGCCGACAUGAACAAGGAAUACAACUAUCAUAUCUAUCAGCCCUGUCUUCCUCACAUCCUCAAGGUCCUCAACGGGCUCACCGAUGGGAGCGACUCGGAAGGCUUCCUCAACCGCCCGUUUAACAACUCCUUCAUGAUGUCGGUGACGGGACAGUACGACCAUCAGUACGAAUUGAUGAAGGGUAUCGGCUACCUGGAAGACGAAAUGGUGGACUCGGAGUACUUGCACAGCGACAAGGCCGCGUUUGGCAACGCCACCGUUGAAGACGUGCGCUACGAUGGAAUGCCUGAACCGGCUAUAGAAGAAUAUUUCCGCGAUGCCUUGCGUACGUCGCGCGAAAACGACACGCGCUUAUUCCUCACGCACCUGACGAGCUCGACGCAUUUCCCAUACGGCCUCCCUGGCGACGAGGUCUAUGUGCCCAUGGUUCAGGAGGAUGCCAACAACCACCUGCAGGACAUUUCCAAGCACCUCAACGCCGUCGGCUACGUGGACCGCUGGGUCGGCCACCUCCUCGACAUGAUUGAGGAAGAGGGUGCGGCCAACGACACACUAAUUGUGCUCGUCGGCGACCACGGCGUGCCCGUCAUUGAAAUGGGCGGCGCGUCGCCGUGGGGUGUCCCCAGCGUGGGUAGCUUCCACGUACCCCUCGUAUUUUCACACCCGCACCUGCCCGUCAUCAACAUCAACGAGCUCGUGAGCUCCAUGUCGAUGCUGCCGACGGUGCUCGACCUGCUCCUAGAAACGGGCGGGCUCAACAUGGCGCAGCAAAAGGCGGCGCGCGAGCUGCUCCACACGUACGAGGCGCCGUCGCUGCUGCGGCCGCUGACGGCCGAGGACCGGCGGUGGUACUUUACCAGCGUCAGCCCCGGCGGGCAGACGAUUUCGACACGCAGCAUGGACAGCCCGCGCUGGCGGCUGCUGGUGCCGCUGAUCCAGGACGCCGAGUGGUACUUUUCGGACCUGGAGACGGAUCCGCACGAGGAGAGCCAGGUGGCGUCGUUUGACUUUGUCGGCAUGCUCCGGGCGGUCGAGACCAAGUACGGCGUCGAGGCGGCCAAGUGGGCAGAGGAGGCGGCGUUUGCGACGAGAUGGUGGGUGGCGGAUAAUCACCAGCGGUGGCGCUAUAUUUAA